UGACACGAGUUUAUCCAACAAACUCGACGUCGCUUCUUCUUCUUCAGUCGGAGGUCUCCGGUGAUUUAAAAUUAGUUUUCUUCUUCCGAAAUUAGGGUUUUCUGGGAUUCUCGUAUCGAUAAAGGUUAUCAGGCAUUUUCACUUUUGGUGGUGAAGAAGACGCGUAAUUGAUCCUUGUAGCUUCAUCGAUCCAUGGUUGAAGGAGAAGACGUUGCAGGGGUUUCUCUCUCUGUUAGAAACGAGGAAGAUCUUUCUCCAGAGUGUUUAGCUUGGGCUGAUUCCUGCAUCAUCAGCUUUCCAGAUGAUUCAGAUCACAACCAUUGGGGAACUUUUAGAGAUGCUUUAACUGAAAUCAUUGAUAUCCAUCCCGAGAUGUUUGUUCCUUCAUCAUCAGGAACAACUAGUAGUGUCCUGCCUCCAGACGAGGAUAUGACUGAAUCUGAGCCACUUGAUCUACUACGGUCAUUCCAACCCGAAGCUGAUUCAGCCAACAAUAAAUAUAAUUCAUUGAAUGAAGAAGUCAGUGAGAUUGUCUCUUUGAUAACGUUUGAGUCAGACCCGUCAAAGAAUUCUUUACAAGAUCAUUACUUUUCAGAGCCCAUAGUUGAGAAUGGAACCCCUGAACCAGUGGACGAUCCUGCUAAAGAUCUUGGAGGUGUUGAAAGUAUAGAAGAAGAUGAGUCAGUGAGCAAUGAAGAGGCUGAAGAAGAGACAGAGUCAGUAUCGUAUCAAGUCUUCAAGGAUGAUUUCAUUAGCACAUACAUUCAAGAAAACGUUGAGGAUUGUAAUGUGACAGAGGAUCCGGUCAAAGUAACUCAGCAAGAGAUUUUCAAGGUGUGGGAUCUGGAGAUUGUGGGGGACGAUGAUGAGGAAGAUGGGUUGGUGCUGCAGCUGAAGAAGGCCCUCGAUGAGUCUUCUACGGUUCAGCCCCUUCCACAGCCACUACUGAAUGAUGUUGCGGAGACGAGCAGUAUCGAUGAUCUGAUAGCUGGUAUCUCGGAUCUCUCUCUUGCAGAAACUUUUAACUGAUAGAUGAAGUCUAAUAAGUAGUAUGUGUGUUGUAUUUGACAUCAUAUAAUAAACUCUCUAUUGCUUAAGUAAAUCCUUAAUCGACACAAACCGGAUUUAAGAUU